ACUCUUUUUCGGUAAACUUUAAAGAUGGAUGACGAAUUUAGUUGUUGUGUACAUUAAAAUUGGCAGUAAUAUAUCUUUAUUGGUUGUGUUUUUCUAGUGUGCUAGUGUUUGGUCGCUACAUGAAAGCCAGCGAGACUGUCACCACCUUGUAAUAUGCCCGGUAAUUUCUCCACAAGUGAAGGGGUCUCAGCCGAUGACUCAUUGACCAGUGAUGAUGUUUUCAUGGGAAAUUCCCACAACGUAAAUACCCUUCCAAGACUCGCAAGUUCGUCUCUGUUCCAUACGGCUUGAUGGAAUACUGUAUCCAAAAUCUUCUUUGCAAAUCAGUUUCUGUGACUGUUUACCCUAAAUUAUAAUGGAAGUAGGAAUACGUACAGUACGAGGACCUGAUUGGAAGUGGGGUGACCAGGAUGAAGGCGAGGGUCAUGUAGGGACAGUGGUUGAAGUUGGGCGAGCUGGAAGUCUAGCAUCCCCUGAUAAAACAGUUGUUGUGCAAUGGGAUGGAGGAAUGCGCACAAACUACCGUGUGGGCUACGAGGGCUCUUUCGAUCUGCGCAUAAUUGACAAUGCUCCUGCUGGUGUGAAGCACCCAAAUAUUGUUUGUGAUGGCUGCAAUCAAUGUGGAAUAAUGGGAAUACAUUGGAAGUGUGAGCAGUGUCCUGAUUAUGACCUGUGCACCGAGUGUUAUAUGUCUGACGUACAUGACACCUCGCAUAUGUUCCAGAGAUUUGAAAAUGCCUCCUCCAUUGGUGUUCUUGUUGGUCCGAGGAAAGAAGAAACUAAGGUACGGCUUGAAGGGAUUUUCAUAGGUGCCAAAGUUGUACGAGGUUAUGAUUGGGACUGGGGAAACCAAGAUGGUGGAGAAGGUCGCACUGGUAAGGUCACUGACAUACGUGGAUGGGACAAUGAAUCAGGGAGAUCUGUUGCAAAUGUGACUUGGACUAAAGGUUCUACAAAUGUUUAUCGCUUGGGUCACAAGGGCAAAGUGGAUUUGAGAUGUGUUAAACCAGCGUUUGGAGGUUUCUACUACCGAGAGCAUCUACCUAUACUGGGACAAGGACUUGAACACGUUUUAGUUGGAGCUCUAGCCAACAGGCUUUUGGGUGCUCCUUCACCUCUAACAUUUAGUGUUGGGGACAAAGUGAAAGUUAACAAAGAUGUUGAGACACUGAAAACUAUGCAAGAAGGACAUGGUGGAUGGAAUCCUAGAAUGGCCCAAUACAUUGGAAAGGUUGGAACAGUACAUCGAGUAACAGAAAGAGGAGAUAUUCGAGUUCAAUAUGAGGGAUGUAAUCAUCGAUGGACUUUUAACCCAGAAGCUUUGACAAAACGGAAUUGCUUUUCUGUAGGUGAUUGUGUACGUGUUAUUCAUGACACAGAUAAAGUCAAAGAAUACCAGAAGGGACAUGGUGAAUGGAUUGAAGUUAUGAAAAGUGCUUUAGGUAAAGUGGGCAAGGUUGUGAAGAUAUACUCUGAUGGAGAUCUUAGAGUGUCCAUAGCUGGUCAGACAUGGACUUUAAAUCCAUUAAGUGUCCAACUUGUUCCUCAGAAUUCAGUAGACCAAGAUAAUACAAAUACUGAGUUAUCAAGAGAAGAUCGUGACAAUCCAUUGACAUCUCUCCUGUCAACUUUGAAAGAUCCUUGUAGUCAGGAAGAUGGCACAUUAGAUGUCGUAAGAGAGGCUGCUCAGGGCCAUUUAGCGGCUGUUCAAGACUAUCUGCUGAAACACCCCGAAAAAGUUGACUGCAAAUCAAAAUGUCGAACUUGUUUGCAAGUAGCCUCACAUCAAGGACAUGCACAGAUGGUACAGCUUUUGUUAAUGCUUGGGGCUUCAUUAUCGUUGACAGAUGACGAUGGAGAUACUGCUCUUCAUUAUGCUGCUUUUGGUAAUCAGCCAGAGAUUAUGGAUUUGUUACUUAAGGCAGGAUCAGAUCGUGAUGCAACAAAUAAAGGUUCAUGCACUGCAUUGCAUGUCGCUAUUAACAAACAGCAUGUCAACUGUGUUCGAGUGUUACUUAAGUGGAAGAGUAAUGCUAAUAUUCAGGAUUCCUACGGUGAUACUGCUCUUCAUGAUGCAAUCAGCAAGGAAAAUUUAGAAAUAACAGAAAUGCUCUGUAAUGUUCCUGGGCUUGACUUCACUCUUAAAAAUAAGCGUGGAUUUAAUGUAUUGCACCAUGCUGCUUUGAAAGGCAACAGCUUAGCUACAGAAAAACUCCUGUUACGUUCUCGACAACUUGUUGACGUUAAGAAGGAUGAUGGCUUUGCUGCAUUACAUUUAGCCUGUCUCAAUGGGCAUCGUGCAGUUGCAGAAACUCUUCUUGUUCAAGGACAGGCUGAGGUAGAUUUGAGGAACAAUAGACGGCAGACACCAUUGAUUUUAGCUGUUUGUCAAGGGCAUUGCUCUUUAGUGGAGCUUUGUGUAUCUCUAAGAGCUGAUAUUCAUGCAGAAGAUGGGGAUGGUGAUACAGCACUUCACCUGGCUCUUAAGAAGCGGUCUAGUAUUGCUGUGUCGGAAGUAAAUGAACUAGAAGCUCCUACUAUUUAUGGGAUCUAUUCAAUGCUUGUUGGGCGAGCUGGUGUGCAGCAUCCAGUUGCUAUUGCUGUGGCUUGUUAUCUGAUUCAAGAAGGAUGCUCUCUGGAUAAGCAAAAUAAGAAAGGAAAAACUCCUCUUGAUUUGGUGAAUGAUCAAACACUGCAGGAAGUUCUUAAGAAAUAUGUUACACAAAGAAGUUUUUCGUCAGAAGUUGCUGCUGGUGUUGGCUCUGGGAGUGGGGAGAGAGCCUCUCCUCUUUUGCAAUUGGACAUUUUUGGAAAUUAUCCUCAUUCAAGUACUUUACCAAGUGGAUCAUCUGAUCCUGAAGCUGAUCAAAAGCCACAAUCAACUCCUUCUAGAUCCCAACGCCAAAGUCGUGCCAGUGCCAGCAGUCAUUCUAAUCCAUCCACCUCCUCGGAUCCUGAUGUAGUUGAGCGACCCAUUCCUGUUGAAUGCAUGGUUUGCUCUGAACUUGCUGAUCAAAAUGUCAAAUUUGAACCCUGUAUGCAUAGAAUUGCUUGUGAAGACUGUUCCUCCAGAAUGAAAAAAUGUCUGAAGUGUGGACAAAACAUUACCAGAAGAUUAACCCAAGAUGGCAGAAUAAUUGCUUGUAAAUCUCGACAACCUAGCGCAGAGAGGUUGCGCUACCUAGAAAGCAAAAUAGCUGAAAUUGAAGAAGCUCAUUGCUGUUCAAUUUGUAUGGAGAGGCGACGUAAUGUUGUUUUUCUGUGUGGCCAUAGUGCCUGUGACAAGUGUUCUCAUACGUUGAAAAUAUGUCACAUGUGCCGAAAAACCAUAACCAAAAAAAUCAAUAUUUAUUGAACUGUUGGGUUGAGAUCCAUACCAGCUUUGAAGACUUUUUAUGUAUAUUUAUAGUUAAUUGGGAAUGGAGUUUCACUGGGAGUGCAGCCUCAAUAUUUGCAUGGUAUUUUCUACCUUAGUUGUUGUUCAGCCUCAGAGAAUUGUCUUUUAGAACAUAUAUAUAUAUUUUUUGUACACAUUAUACUUUGAUUUUGUAUUUGCGGCCAACAAUGACCUGUGCCAACAGUUUUGUUAUUUUUAUAUUUGCUCUCUCUUUUGCCAAUGAGCCCAGUGAAUUUGUGCUGACUUCAUUUAAUGAAUUAAAAAUGUAAGCUUCAGUUCAAUGUUAUGUGGCCCAUGAACUGCAAAGAUGAAUGUCUCCAAGACAUUUUCUUUGGAAAGUGAAUAUUCUGAGCAAGAGAUGGAUGCAACCUUAAUGCUGAGACUUUCCUCAUUAUUGGUUAUUGUCUACCCACCCACUAGUUUUGCCAAGGAUAAGCUAUGAAUUGGAUUGAGCAUCACAAACCAAAACAGGAGAUAGUCUUAGGUUGUUGCUGUAGCUUCUAUGUUUUAACUGUGAAUUGUGGUAUUAUUUCAUGAUUUAUCAUUCAUUUAGGCAUGAUCAAUGAAUUAUUUCUGUGCUGCCACGUGUUUGGAUAUUUUAUUUUUGCUGUUUAUGCAGAUUCUUCUAUGAAAAGGAUCUCUAAUGAAAUCUCACACUUUAUCUCGAUUUUGUAGUGCAUAUUCUUUUUCUCUCACAUGUUGCUUGAUUGUUUGUUGUACUUUAUCCAUGUUCCAUUCCCCUAAUUUGCUUCUCUAUUUAAGCAUUUUGGAAAAUUUAUUCUCAAUUGUGAUGUGAUUUUAUUUUGUGUAUAUGUUAACUAACUUCUAUCUAGGUAUAAUUUUAAUUUGAUGCAUAUGAUUGACACAGCAUGAGUUAUUUUUCAGGCUGCCCAGCAACACAUUGAAUGCAAGUUGUCUACCAUGUCAUAG